GAUUUUCUAUUACAGCGAUAGCGAUACAGCACACGGACCACAAACGUGUCGGUGUCCACUCACAUCUCAUAAUUUUGCUUUAAGUACUUAUUUUCAUUCACUCUUUUCCUUUUUUCAAAUUUUCGACAUUUCCUACUCGCUCCUACACUUACUGUUGAAGACACACGAUACUAAAAGCGCUCAUCGCCAAGGCCAACACGCACUUGUUGUGAAGAACCGGACAUCAAGUAGAAGACAAAAAGAUGAAGAGCAAGUCUCUGACCACCCGCCGCAAAUUCGCCGCCACGGCGGCCACACUUGUGGCUUUACAGCCUACGGUUGGCGUCCACGCCUUUUUUGGUUGGGUGUGGGGAGGAGAGGGCGAAGAUGAGCAUGUGCAUGGGAGCGAAGUAAUCCCGGCCUCGUCGAUGAUCCCUGAAGGUGUUGAUGAACAUCACAACUCCAAUGAACAAGCUGUUCACGCCCAACCGCACGUCGCCUUCGAACAAGCGACGAGCAAAGAACACACGCGCGACUGUACAACCUGCCGUUCCCUAACGAUGUCGUGGCUGGCCGAGGUGAUGUCCUCCUGCACGAGCCGAGAUAAGAGCAGCGACUGUGCAGCUUCCGACGACGGCAGUCUCAGUCCCCAUGACAAUGAUGCUGACAAGUGGUCGGUGGCAAGCUGGGUGCGUGGAGAGCUGGAUACCCCUCCGCCGGGAAAUUUUGAUUCAGGCGAAGAUCAUACACAUGCAGCUCACGCGGACCACGAACAUGCCGCUGCAGAAUUAGCCGCACCCGGAGAUGAUCACGAUCGCCAUGAGGAAGAGAGCAGCCAUGGUUGGUUUUCCUUUCCCGGCUUUUCGUUCUUCGGAGGUGGUGAAACUCAAACUCCAACUUCUACUAAUGAACACGCAGAACAACAAGACUCCGUUCCCUUCCCCGACCACCACGGUGGGACCAUUUUCUCAUCCCUCUUCGAAAAGGAGGAAAAACACACUGACACCGUUGACAGCAUCUACAACGCGACGGCCAGUUGGGGGGAUAUUGACAACCUGAAGCAUACGGUGCCGGACGCGGAUAUUGUGCCGGAGGCCGAGCCUUGGUUCCACCUUUCGUCAAACGAUACCGAUGACGAAGCGGAGGCCGAGGACGGCGCCAGCGCGAAGGAGGUGGUGCAAGAAGAACUACAUCCUGCUGUUCAGGAGGAAGAGCAAGAACAUGCUGACGUUGCUGGAACUGACCACGACACAGCGUCCUCUACUCCUGACGAGGAGCACCACGAGGACAAGGUGUGGGGUUGGUUCAACAACGUGGAUGUUGACGAGAAGGAGCAUCAGGAUGCCACGUCCUCGGAACAUGGUUCAUCUGGGUCGUCCACAUCCGCCGGCGCCGAGACCGGCAGUGAUGUCGACUCGCCAGCGACGACUCCACCGACCUCACCGAGCCUGCAGGCAGCUGGAGUCGGUAACAUGAUCUGAGAAAGUAAGCGGGGGCAGUUGGAUUGUGCUGUAGCUGGUGUAGGACGUCGCAGACCACCUCUCUUAACCAGCAGCGCAUACCAUACAUACGCAUAGCAUGAUAAGCAUAAGGCAUUUUUUUGAUCAACACAAGGUAAGCACCUGGAAAACAUGACAACUACGCUUUGCUGUGCUUGUACAAUGUUCUUGCAAAGGCUGAAACAUAUGUUCAUUAGAAUUAUCAUAGCAUGAUCCAUCAACACGAAAAGUCUGCUCCCUAAGCUCCAUACUGGAAUCUACAAAAAAAACGUCUUCAACAUGACCGUUCGAUUAAAGCAUUACGCGCCAUCACGACUAAAACUCGAUGCCGUCUGUACGUCACCAGCAUCACGCUCUUCAGGAGCUUUGAUUUACGCACAUGUUACUGAAUCAGCUGACCACAACCUGGAAACAAUAACAAAUGGAUCGUGCCGCACCAGACAUAAUCCAUUCAUAAUUUCCAUGGUAGUGUAAUCCGGUUCCCGUUUGAGCUACAGUACCGCACUUGUUCAUACCAGCUCGACCACCUGUUAGCCAUGAUACGACCACACAUAACAAGCUACUUUUGAUUUUGCCCUAGAGAUAGAAGUACUUCCCCGUGCAUAUUUUACUGAAUCUUGUACGAUUGGAGGACAUAUUUUUGAUGUCUUGAUAGAUAGAAUGUCAUUACACCUAUUUCAUCUAGGACAACGGCAACGCUGCAACACAAUGUUGCAAGCAAACUUCCUGUCCUUUAGACCUGUUUUUUUACGGACAGAAAAUGACUGUAAGAUUGAUACAUACGAAACCGAUAGAAGAUGUAAAAUACAGCCGCGCUGCCGCUACUGCCGGCACCGCUGUGGCAUGACGAAAUGAGCUCUUCCUUUUUUUUAAGAUUUCUGUAUGUCGUCGCUCAUGCCUUUUCAGCAUGAUACGAUGAAGCCUCAAAAACCGCAGAAGCACUGUGAAGGCUUCAAAAACGCAGAUAAGAGGGCGCCACUAGUUGCCCCUUUAAUGCACCUCCUAUCAUGAUAUGCGCAAACCAAAGCAC